AUGGCCCAGCAUCUCUCUGUUCAGGCUCAGGAGCUGGUCUCCAAUCCACUCGCCCGAUUUAUCUUCAGCAUCAUCCUGCUCCUGAUGACGACUUCAAAAAUCGUAAUGGUGGUAGUGGCCCGCGGCAAACCAACUAGAGUAAACGAAUUGACUCAUGCUUCAGGAAUCGUAUUCGAUGGCCGCGACGACCAAUGCGAGUCGGUCACCCAAUCAACAGGCCUGUCAGGUCUUGCAUUAGGCCUAGCUCGUCUGUCCCGUUGGCAUGAGGCACAAGCCUUUGUCGUGCAAUGCUACAGGCUUGCCACUGAGCAUGCACCUGACAGUCAGCCUGCCUGGCAAGCAUGGGCUAUGGCAAAUUAUGCUGUUAUUGGGCAACUGGAUGUAGCUAAGGCUCAACUGGAUAAGUGGGAGCAGACCUUGGAACAAUCAAUCUCCUGUACGAAUUUUCGCGUCAAUCAAUCAUCUAUUGGAGCGCUCGAUUCUCCCGCUAUUCCUACCGCUCCUGCUCAACCGCCUAUCCUUUUGGCUCCUAGACCAACAAGUGGCAACACAACCAUCUUACCGACUCUUUCAGAGCGGGGCCCAGGCUGUGCUGGCAUCAGGGGCCAAGGCACCCUGGACUAUGCCCUGCCGAGGCGAGGGCUGCAAUUGCACGCCUCAAGGCAGACCGUCAGCGUCAGUGGGAGAUGCAAGCGAUGUGUUCCGUUCGUGGAUUUGUCAAUUCCAUCAGUCUGUCAGCUAAACCAAACCUCCAGGUAUCCAUUUUUAUCAUGUUUCUUUUUAGUCUAA